AUGAAACAUUUGGAAAAGUUUAAUGCUGUUAAUAUCUAUGGUAAUGCUCCAAAAGUGGACAUGUUUCAGUUCAACCACCAGCUCAAAAGUCUGACAUUUACAGACACCGAUUUAUCAGAUUUAGAUCCAAAGCUUUUUCAAGAAACCCCAAACCUGGAGACUUUUGAGAUUUUUAACGCCAAGCUCAAGUCUUUGGAUUUUCUUGUGAGGGCCAACCUUUCUGCUCUCAGUUAUCUGAAAGUGACUGAAAAUGAGAUCAAUGUGGUUAAUGAGACAGUCAUUAACUCUCUCCCAUCUCUAACGUACCUGGACCUGAGCAAUAACCUAUUCACCUGUGACUGCUCCAAUGCAUAUUUUAUCCAGUGGAUAAACAGCAACAAGCAAACACAGGUGGUAAACGCACAUCARUAUAAAUGUUCCUUUCCUGUGGACAAACAAGGAACCUUGUUACUAGACUUUGACUUUCGGUCCUGUUGGAACGAUGGCAGCUUCUACUACUUCCUCUGCAGCACUUGUCUGGUUCUUCUGACUCUCCUCACAUCCUUCAUCUACCACUUCCUGAGGUGGCAGCUGGCCUACACAUUCCACCUCUUCCUGGCCUUUCUCUACGACAGCAGGAGGAGGGAGAUGGCAGAUCCUCAUCAGUUUGAUGCCUUUGUGUCCUACAACGUCCACGAUKAGGACUGGGUUUACAGAGAGAUGCUUCCGGUGCUGGAGGGAGAGCAGGGCUGGAGACUCUGCCUGCACCACAGAGACUUCCAACCAGGUAAACCCAUCAUGGAGAACAUCACUGAUGCCAUUUAUGGCAGCAGGAAGACCAUCUGUGUGAUCAGCCGYCACUACCUGCAGAGUGAAUGGUGCUCCAGAGAGAUCCAGAUGGCCAGCUUCCGUCUGUUUGAUGAACAGAAGGAUGUGUUGAUCCUGCUGUUUCUGGAGGAGAUCCCCUCUCGUCAUCUGUCUCCGUACUACCGCAUGAGGAAGCUGAUAAAGAAACGCACCUACCUGAGCUGGCCUCAGGCUGCACAACACCCAGGAGUCUUCUGGCAGAAUGUCCAGAGAGCUCUGCAGAGAGGAGAUGCUCUGACCGAGAACACAGACCUGCUGACCGGACCAGCAGGACCCUGAGAA